AUUACACAGGGCCCGCACAAACGCACCCUUGGCUGGUGCUCUCCAAGCGGGAAGCUACUAGGAUAGCACACCAGUACGCAGUAAUCGACGUCCAGGGCCACCCAUCCAGUGGUUUGCUUGCAACCCCCUGGGGCGGUGUAACACUGCCGACUGCCGUUUUUAUUUUGUUCCUUUCGCCGUCUGCCCAGUCACUUAUUAUCAGGUUCCUUGCACGGCCGCCCCUGUCAACAACGUGCGGUGGGACCGCGGAGCCGAUCACCGCCCCCCCGCGAGCGGGCUGGAGUUGGUGGCCGCGGGUGAUCAAUUGAUAAAUCUCGUGCUCCCCGCGACGGCGGCAGCGCUUUCGCCUUCCUCAGGGCAUCCCGCUUCCCCCCUCCGGCUGACACUCCUCGUGCACCUCGCCCCCCGCCCCUCGAUCAUCAUGAGGCUCUCCAUCACCGCCCUCGCGGCGGGCCUCGCCUUCGCCCCACUGGCCGCCGCCUUCGGCCGCGGCUUGAUUAUGGAUAUCGGCCCCGACGACGACACCGUCUCGGAAACCGAGCUGCAGAAGCGCGCCGAGACCGUCAACGGCUGGGGCACCUUCGAUCAGCUCAUCGACCACGCCAACCCGUCGCUCGGCACCUUCAAGCAGCGCUACUGGUACGGCACUGAGUACUGGAAGGGCCCCGGCUCGCCCAUUUACCUGGUCUCGCCCGGCGAGCAGAGCGGCGAGGGCUUCAACCGUACGUGGCUCACCACUGCCCGCCUGUCGGGCGUCAUGGCCAACCAGACGGGCGGUGCUGUCAUCGUCCUCGAGCAUCGCUACUGGGGACAGUCGUCGCCCUAUGACGAGCUCACGGUGGAGAAUCUUCGGUACCUCACCCUCGACAACUCGCUCAAGGACCUCGUCUACUUUGCCAAGAAUUUUGCUCCGCCCUUCGAUCCCAGCGGCAGCAGCUCCGCCGACAAGGCGCCGUGGAUCUUUGCCGGCGGCUCGUAUUCCGGCGCCCUCGCCGGCUGGCUGGCGGCCAGGGAGCCCGGCACCUUCUGGGCCUACUACAGCUCCAGCGGUGUCGUCGAGGCGAUCGGCGAUUUCUGGCAGUACUUUGUGCCCGUGCAGGAGGCGACGCCCAAGAACUGCAGCGCCGACGUCGGGGCCGUCAUCAACUACGUGGAUCUGGUGCUGAGCUUCGGGUCCAAGAAGAGCAAGCAGGCUCUGAAGGACAAGUUCGGGCUCGGGGAAUUGGAGGAUGCCGACUUUGCUGCCGCGCUGGAGUGGGGUCCCUGGGAGUGGCAGUCGGGCCAGUUCUACUCGUUCAACACUACGGGCUAUAACCCGUUCUACCGCUUCUGCGACUACGUCGAGAACGUGUGGCCCAACUCGACCAACAAGGUGCCCGGCCCACGCGGUGUCGGUCUGACCAAAGCGCUGGAAGGUUACGCCAAAUACGUCAAGGAGCAGGUCAUCCCUGGAUUCUGUGAGUCGGCUGGAUACCCCGAAUGGGAGGGUGAGAACAACAUUGCCUGCUUCAAGAACCUCGACCCCAACAACGCGGCCUACAAGGACCUCAGUCUUGACAACUGGAUCAACCGUCAGUGGAACUGGAUGCUCUGCAACGAGCCUUUUGAAUGGUGGCAAGACGGCGCCCCGCUCACCCGGCCGACUCUCGUCUCGCGCCUGGUGAACGCAGACUACUGGCGCAAGCAGUGCCCGCUGCACUUCCCCGAAGGCGGAUACGGCAUCGCGGCAGGCAAGCGCGCCAAGGACGUCAACCGGUGGACCGGCGGCUGGAGCGUCACCAACACGACGCGGGCCAUGCACACCAACGGCCAGUACGACCCGUGGCGCGACGCCACCCUGUCGAGCAAAUUCCGCCCCGGCGGGCCCGUCCAGAGCACCGAGCGGCUGCCGGUGCGCCUGGUCAAGGGCGGCACGCACUGCUCGGAUCUGUACGGCCAGAACUGGGCGGUGAACGAGGACGUCAAGAAGCUGGCCCAGGACGCGGCCGACGAGAUGACCGGGUGGGUCGGGGAAUGGUACGAGGAGAAGGGGUUGCCGAAGCCUUGGGCGGCUUGAAGUAAUUAAGGUGUGGUAAUAAUAGUGGAUGGAUGGGCUGAAGGAGAUUGCGUUUCUUUGGAUACCCGGCUUCCGCUCUGGUCAGAUAUUUGAAUUCAAGUUCAGCGUCACCCACAACCGUUGUCAGGACCGAUUGUUUUUGGUCGACCCCGCGCAUCUUCUACACCCUAGCCUGCAGAACAGAAUGUCCGUGACGAGAAUGCUCCUGUCAUGCUAGGAUUAAUCAACAAGAGGGACGGCACAGCAGCAGCUGACAAAGCGUAUGGUAUGGAUCAACUCAA